AUGGAUUUAUUUGGUCCGGUCAGCGUUCUCAACAUCAACAAGGGAUCUUAUUGCCUGGUUGUGAAAGAUGACUACUCACGGUUCACAUGGGUUUUCUUCUUAUCCAACAAGAGUGGGAUCGUUGAUCUGAUCAACAAGUUCAUCAUGAUGAUUGAGAAUCAAACGAAUGAGAAGGUGAAGGCGCUUAGAACGGAUAAUGGCACGGAGUUUAAAAAUGUUGUUUUGGACCACUUCUGUGCCGAAAAGGGAAUAAUGCGUCAAUAUAGUGAUGUUCGGACACCUCAACAAAAUUGUGUUGCGGAAUGGCGGAACCAUACUUUGAUGGACGCCGCAAGAACGAUGUUUUAUGAUGUGUCAGGUUUUUGCUCAGGUACGAAGGUUGUUAUUGAAGAUGAAGAGGAAGAUGUUGUUUACAAACCACCUUUGGUGCCUCCUACGACUCCUAUGGUAGAUGAAGCUGUUCCAAGUACUUCUUCAGGUUCUUCAAGUCAAAGAAUCAAUCCUGAUGUUGAAGCCACUCCUCUUACUCCUACUGGAAGAGAGUUCAUGACCAGAGAUACUUCCGCUGCUACUCAAUCAUUCAUGGAGCUUCUCUUUCCUCGGCCAAUAGCAAACGAGUACGUGGCAAGCACCUCUCAUGGUUCCAGAUCAUUUGAGGCAGAUGACGGACUCAUCAACAUCAACAACCUUCCUGUCACAAUUAAUGACAUCAACCAUCAAGUUCCCACCAGACUUCAACGCGAUCAUCCGAUCGAAAACGUCAUUGGUUAA